AUGACCAUCUCUCAGUAUCACGAUCUGCGAGGCAGUGCCAAUGACAGCUCCCUCUGUAGCAAACCUUUAAAGCUAAGGGGUCUUCUAGAUAGCUACAGGUCCUACAAUGUUACGCCCGUCAUCGGGACGGAGUUCCCUGAUGCCAACGUGGCAGAAUGGAUGAAAGAUGCAAACAGUGAUGAAAUUUUGCGAGACUUGGCUGUUACCAUCUCCCGUCGGGGUGUGGUCUUCUUUCGAGCCCAAACUGAUCUUACAGAUGAGCUUCAAAAGGAGUUGGCUCUUCGCUUGGGCCGUCUCACGGGCAAACCGGAAUCCUCAACACUGCACAUCCAUCCACUGGCCAACUUCAAUCCUGAUCGGGACCCCUAUCUCAACAUAAUCACCACCGACCAGGCAGCUAAUCCCGCAGAGGACCUUUGGAAAAACAGACCCGCUGAUAUAAGAAACAGCUGGCAUACGGAUGCUGGGUAUGAGCCUAAUCCACCCGAUUACUCCAUCUUGAAGCUUAUCAAACUCCCCAAAACCGGUGGAGGUAAUCAAUUCUAUAUCACCCGUUUCCAGGCUCAUUUAUAUAUAAUACUGACCGUCACCUACAUAGACACAAUGUGGGCCUCGUCUUGCGAAAUCUACGACAAAAUAUCCCCAGCCUACCGCAAAUUCCUCGAAGGCCUCACAGCCGACUUCUCCCAAUCUAGAUUACCAAAUGUAGCUGCUGCGAAGGGAUUCGAGCUGUAUUCCGAGCCCCGCGGGUCCCCUAACAAUAUCGGCAGUUCUCUCAGAGCCGUCCACCCAGUCGUUCGCACCAACCCUGUCACUGGCUGGAAGAGUCUCUUUGCCGUUGGUAAUCACGUCGAGCGGAUCAACGAUGUGACGCCUGAUGAAAGCAGGAGACUGCUCGAUUGGUUCCUGCAGUUGAUUGUCGAGGAACAUGACUGCCAACUGAGGCAUCGGUGGGAGAAUCCCUACGACAUCGCGAUCUGGGACAACCGCUCGGUCUACCACACUGCCAUUUUCGAUUAUGCUGGAUUGGGUGCCCGCACUGGCCAUCGUGCGGUUGGAAUCGGCGAGAGACCGUAUUUGGACCCGAGCAGCAAAACCCGUCGUGAAGCCCUCGCUGAGGAAUGA